UCGAACCAUUUAUUUCCCUUUUGUACGAGAAAUGACCCAACGUCGGGGCGGGAGAUAAAAGAUAUCUUUUUCUUUUUUCUCCCUCCUCAGGGCUCCUCCAUUUCCUGAUCUCUCGUUCUAUCAAUCUUCUCUGCGACUACAAAUCAGGCUUAUAUUGGUUGGGUCAAGUUACUAUUUAUCUCCCAUAUAGCAGAUUUUCCGGCGAGUUGAUUGGUUUCUGCAGCAAAAUUUUGAUCGUAUUUUGAGGAAAUGGGGUACAUUGGUGCACAUGGGAUUGCAACGCUGCACAGAUACAAGUACAGUGGUGUUGAUCACUCUUACGUCGCCAAAUAUAUACUGCAGCCCUUUUGGAGUCGCUUCGUCAAUUUCUUUCCACUAUGGAUGCCUCCGAACAUGAUAACUCUUAUGGGAUUUAUGUUUUUGGUCACAUCAGCAGUUCUUGGUUAUAUAUAUUCUCCUCAUUUGGAUUCACCUCCACCAAGGUGGGUUCAUUUUGCUCAUGGAUUGCUUCUUUUUCUUUAUCAGACUUUUGAUGCUGUUGAUGGGAAGCAAGCGCGGAGGACAAAUUCUUCAAGUCCAUUGGGAGAACUUUUUGACCACGGAUGUGAUGCACUUGCCUGUGCGUUUGAAACCUUAGCUUUUGGGAGCACCGCCAUGUGUGGAAGAUCUUCUUUCUGGUUUUGGAUACUUUCAUCUGUGCCGUUUUAUGGUGCAACAUGGGAACACUACUUCACCAAUACUCUAAUUCUUCCUGCUGUAAAUGGACCUACUGAGGGUCUCAUGCUGAUUUAUUUAUGUCACUUUUUCACUACCUUUGUUGGUGCUGGGUGGUGGACUGAGCAGUUUGGGAAGUCCAUACCAAUUUUUAGUUGGGUUCCAUUUCUUCAUGAUAUCCCUACAUUCAAAGCUGCACUGAUUUUAUUGACUGCUUUUGGUGUCGUUCCUACAGUUGCAUUCAAUGUGUACAAUGUUUACAAGGUYGUUCAGGCAAGAAAAGGAAACAUGCUAUUAGCAUUAGCGAUGCUUUACCCUUUUGUGGUACUCGUUGGAGGAGUCUUAGCAUGGGAUUAUUUGUCACCUACUGGCAUUAUUGGAAACUAUCCGCAUCUGGUUAUAACUGGAACUGGACUUGCUUUUGGAUUCCUAGUGGGUAGAAUGAUUCUAGCUCAUCUUUGUGAUGAGCCCAAGGGCCUGAAAACUGGAAUGUGCAUGUCGCUAUUAUUUCUUCCUCUUGCCAUUGCAAAUGCUCUCACAGCAAGGCUUAACGACGGGAUACCUUUAGUUGAUGAAAGUUUGGUUGUUCUUGGUUAUUGUCUUUUUGCUGUUGCUCUGUAUCUGCACUUCGCCACUUCAGUCAUUCAUGAGAUCACCACUGCCUUGGGAAUCUAUUGCUUCAGGAUAACCAGGAAAGAGGCAUAGAGUUGGCUGCAGUUUUACUUGGGCCAACUGGAAGUUGGAAUGAUGCAGCUGUAAAUUUCUCCUURUGAAGAGAAACAACAAUUCUGCAUUACUKAGAUUUUGGUUGAUAUCAUUUUUGGAUGAAAUUAAGGAUAGUUUUUCAAUCCAGUGAUUGUAAUUCAAUUCAUCCCCUACUCUGGUUGAUGAUUUAUCGGAUCGGUAUAGGGUUAUUUUAGGUAUAUUGAUAUUCUCAAUUUUAACUCUAGAAAGAGGAACUUAUAAAAUCUUGUUGUAGCGUUUCAUCAUUUUUUAGUGAAGAAGAUAGAUGAUGGAGUAUCA